AUGGCACACUUACCUUUUGGAGAAGACGAAAAAUAUGAGGGUAUUCCUCGUAAGUUUUUUAUUUUAUUUUUUCUGUUUUUAGGGUCAAUAUUGUAAAUGAUGUUGAUAUAGCCGUCAGCUUUGAUUCUUUGAAAAUUUUAGCUGAUUUGAGGGCAAAGUAGGCUUAGAUGACUAUCAACAGCUUAAAACAAUUGUGAUAUUUUAUACUUUAAGUGGUUUAGUAUUAAUCGACAUGAUGUUUCAUCUAAUUAUAUUGUUUUAGCUAAAGUCCCACAAGAAUCGAAUCUUCGUUUGGAAACGACAAAAGUUAGAACAAACGCGUUUCGAAUGGAACUGCCAGAGAAUCUGGAGGGCAAAACGAUCUACAAGUAUCACAUUGAUAUUUUCACGAUACGGCAGAAUAGAGAACGACAGGCAGAUGGUACCUUUGUUGAUACGAAUAAAGCAUACGCGAACAUCGACGGAGGCAUGAAGGGAGCGUAAGUUUAGAGGGAAAGGAUGUAGCUAAAAAAGUUUAGAGGGAAAGGGUGUAGCUAAAAAAGUUUAGAGGGAAAGGGUGUAGCUAAAAAAGUUUAGAGGGAAAGGGUGUAGCUAAAAAAGUUUAGAGGGAAAUGGCAAAGAUAACUUGUUUUUUUACUACUUUAGCCUUUCUUUCAAACUUCAAGCCUAACCUCAUCAAUUUCCAGAAUCAACAAGACCCACCGUGAUAUGAUUUCCUUCGCCGUUCUCAACGAAGUCGCUACACAGAAUUCGGUAGAGAAUUUCUCUGUCAAGGAGAUGAUCUACGAUCGAAGUCACAUUCUGUUUUAUCCAAAAUUACUUUCAACGAAGGACGAAGAAAUCAAAGUUGAGAUUCUCCUCGAAAAAUCUGAUACAUUAAAGGCAUUGGAUUAUUCAUUUCUCGGCAAAGUAAUUGGUUUCAAAGUAAGUUUGUUACAGUAAUCGAGGUUAUUUUGCAGUUUGUUAUGGUAAUUGAGGUUAUUUUGCAUUUUUUUUAUUUUGGGCUGGGCGGAGUAAUUUUUUAUGGGUUUUUAUCAGUUGGGAGGGACAACUGACGAUGAUUUUUUUUAGAAUUUACGUAUAAAGAAAGUUACAGUAACUAAAUUUUUAGGUAACCUUUAAAAAGAAUGAAGAAUUCAAGCUCUCUUUGAUAGACAAAGUCCCCACGGUGACACAAUUCCUCGACGUCAUGACCAACAUGUAUUUGUAUCGAAAUCAAAUGAAAGGCGAGCUGAAGGACGUUGUCUAUCAGGACAGCACCUUUUUCUUUGUCAAUAACAGCAAACCUAUCAUGAACGACAUCCGAAUCCUGGUCAGGGGCAUCAAAAAGUCGGUGAAGCUGGUCACAUCCAACAACAAACAGGGAUAUCAGUACGUGUGCCAGGUCCAGGUCAAGUCCUCACCGUUCUUUCCCAAAGUGAGCGUGUUCACGUUUCUUCACGCUCUGUUGAAGAAGAAGCUGGACGGUGGGAACGGUCGUCCCGGCUUUAAUGGAGGCAAUCGCGGCAACUACAACAACAACCGUGGCAACUAUGGUGGUCAGCGUGACAACCGGUACGGCAACGACCGAGGUGGAGACAGGUACAGUAACGACCGUGGAGACAGGUACGGUAAUGACCGUGGCGACAGAUACGGUAAUGACCGUGGUGAUAGGUACGACAGAGACAGGUCGAAUCAUCGAAAUGACAGAUACAGUGACCGUGGCAGCGACAGACGAGGCAGUGACCGAGGCAAUGAUCGACAACGUGAACGAUCGCCACGAAGGAACGAUGAGAACGUUGAUUCGUCUUUCGUAGCUGACAACAUUGGUAACCACCUUGAUUGGGCUAUAAAACAUUUGAAAAGUAAGGCAUUUUUGUUUUUUUAUGUGGGCGGGUGGGGGUGUAGCAUUUUAUGCUUUUUGUGGGAGGGGGUAACAUUUUUAGGGAGGGGUUUUUUUUUGAAAACGUUUUUUACGUAGAGAAAAAGAUUUUAUUUUUUUGGGCGGGGUAAAUUUUAGUUUUUUUUGUGUUGGAGGGGUGGAUUUUUUAAUUGGUACAAAAUCGAAAAAUAAUGCCCAACUCGAACUUCUUCAUUUUUUAACUUUUUUUUCACUUUUUUUAAACGACCAUUCCAGAUGUUGUGGUAAAGACAACUCACCAGCCCAAACCUAGAAUUUUCCCCAUCUUCAAGUUGUCGGACAAGUCCUUCAAUGAAAUGUCUUUUAUGAAAGGCGAGAAAGAAAUCAAUGUCUACGAACACUUUCUGAGCAUGAACUAUGGAGUGACGGUCAAUCCCCACCUGCCAUGUGUGGUUCAAAAGGAUACGAGAACGAAAAGAGACUGCUACUACCCCAUGGAGUGCUUGGAGAUUGUGAAUGGACAAAAGAUCAGCAUGCAGAAGAGUCAGAUGGAACCUAGUUUGGUAGGGGUUUUAAUUCGUUUUUAAUUUGAGAGGGCGGGGUAGUUUGGGGUUGGGUUGGGUAGGGGAUGGUAGGUUAAUGUAGGGCAAUGUAAGGUACUGGCGGGUAUAGUUGGGUAUGGUAGCGCAGAAUAUGGUAGGGUGGAGUAAGGUAUGGUAGGGUAGAGAUGUUACUAUAAGUUAGGAUAUGUUAGCUUGGGACAUUUUAAGCUACGGUAAUCGGGAUUUUGGUAGAUUGUUGUAGGCAAGACUCGGUAGGAUAAGGCAAAGUACUGUAACAUGAUGGUGUAGGAUAGGAUGUGGUAGUGUAAGGUCGAGUAUUGCGGGAUAAGGUGAGGUACGAUAGAGUACGGUAGGGCUGGAGAAAGGAAAAAGAAGUAUAGGGUAGGGUACGUUAUGAUAGGGUAGAGUACUGUAGGGUACAUGAGGGAAUAUACAUUAUAGAUCGUACUUUUAAAAUUUUGAAUUUCAGACCGAAGCCAUGACAAGACAAUGUCAAAUGUUACCGCCAGAGCAAGUUGAAGUGAUCUCGGGCUGUACGGACAAGAACCAGUUCUGCCUCGCAAACAUCAAUAUUUAUGCCAAGCAAUAUGGAGUAGGUUUAGUAUUUUUAAAAAUCAAUAACUAUUAACCAUAGUUACUACAAUAUAUAUGUAUGUAUAUGGAUACAUAUAUAUAUGUAGUAUAAAUGUACAUAUAAGAUGUGUAUAUCAAUCCACUUUUAGAUCACAAUUGAUAAAGAAAUCGCAACGACCGAGGCCUACAAGCUGGAUCCACCAGUCAUGCAGUUCCGAGGCACCACAUCCCAAGUGAGUAUGGACAGUUUGAACUGGAAAAUGAACAAUUUGAACUUUGAAGAGCCUCGGAAUGGAGGAGUCAAAUGGGCUAUCGUCAAUUUGAACAAUGCCUUAAGGCCGGAAGAAUUGACGUAAGGUUCUUGAUUUUUUUGGAAAAAGGGUUUUAGGCUUGAUUUUGUUUUUUUGGAUUCUAGGCUUAAAUCAAGUUUUCUUUUGUGUUUUCUUAAUUUUUUUUUGGUUUUUAGGCUUUAAAUUGAAUUUUAUAGGAUUUUAGGCUUAAUUUUAAUUUUUUAGACUUAAAUUUAGAUUUCUUGGCUUUCAGGCUUAAUAAAUUUCUUCUUUUUGGUUAGGCUUAAAUUUGAUUUUUUGGUUUUUAUGCUUAAUUUUGAUUUUUUAGAGUUAAAUUUGGAUUUUUUUUCUUCUAGGCUUAAAUUUAAAUUGUUAGAAUUAAAUUAGGGUUGUUUGGUUUUUAGGCUUAAAUUUGAAUUUUUAGGCUUAAAUUAGGGUUUUUUUGCUUUUAGGCUUAAUUUUGUUUUUUUUGUUGCUUUUUAAGAUUAACUUUGGGUUUUGUUUGAUUUUAGGGUUAUGUUUACAUUUUGUUUAGCUUCUAGGCUUAAAUUUGGAUUUUUAGGUUUUUAGGCUUAAAUUUUGAUUUUUUGAUUUUUAGACUUUCAUUUUUGAUUUUUUAAGAAAUGUGUUUUUUGAGUUUAAUGUUCUAUUUUCUAAUGUUUUUUUUGUAAUCAAAAGUUUAAUUUUUAGCAAUUUUGAAUCAACUUUGUGCGAACGAGCUCGUUCGUUGGGGAUGGACAUUGAUCGCCCAGAAACCACAAGACUCAACGACUCCGAAAUUACAAAAUAUGUACAAGAAAAGAAGCAGGAGGACUUUGAAUACAUUAUAUUCCUCUCCAGACAAAGAGACGAGACGGUUCAUAACACUAUCAAAAUGGCUGAACUCAGAUGGAGAGUGCUUUCUCAGCACUGCCUGAGGAAGAAUGCGGUCAAUAUCAAACAGGACUUUUGUAUCAACUUCUUGAUGAAAGCCAAUCUGAAGCUGGGAGGAUUGAAUCAGCACCCAGUGCUUAGCAAUCGGAUUUUGGGGUCGCUGAGGUGGGUAUACAUGAGAUUUUUUCGAGAUAUAGCGUGUUUUUACUUAUUGACCGGUCGAUUUAAAAAAAAAUUGAUUUUUCCAGAACGCAGGUUAUUAUGUUGGUUACAAUUUUGAUUACUAUAGCGUUUUUGCAUCUCCAACGGUUGCCGAGUUGCGCUGCUUUAAAGUUGCUCAAGUUGGGAAUCUGAAAAUUUUAAAACAUAAUAUUUAUAAGAAAAAACAAUUUUAGUUAUUGACCGGUCGAUUUCUGAAAAAUUGCGUUUGCCAGAUUAAUGUCCAUUAUGUUGGCUAUAAUUUUGAUUACUAAAGCUUUUAUAUAUCUACAACGGUUGCCAAGUUGCGUUGCUUUAAAGUUGCUCAAGUUGGGAAUCUGAAAAUUUUAAAACAUAAUAUUUAUAAGAAAAAACAAUUUUAGUUAUUGACCGGUCGAUUUCUGAAAAAUUGCGUUUGCCAGAUUAAUGUCCAUUAUGUUGGCUAUAAUUUUGAUUACUAAAGCUUUUAUAUAUCUACAACGGUUGCCAAGUUGCGUUGCUUUAAAGUUGCUCAAGUUGGGAAUCUGAAAAUUUUAAAACAUAAUAUUUAUAAGAAAAAACAAUUUUAGUUAUUGACCGGUCGAUUUCUGAAAAAUUGCGUUUGCCAGAUUAAUGUCCAUUAUGUUGGCUAUAAUUUUGAUUACUAAAGCUUUUAUAUAUCUACAACGGUUGCCAAGUUGCGUUGCUUUAAAGUUGCUCAAGUCGCCAAUUUUAGAGCAUUUUUUGGAUAAUAUUCGAAUUUUUAAAACUUUUUAUUGAAUUUAAAUUUUACUUGGAUUUUCAAGGCUUUCUUAUGUUACAGUGAAUUAUAAUUAUCAUUUUUCAGCCGCUACGUGGAUCUGUCAACAACAAUGUACAUGGGUCUGGCGUACUCGGGCUCAGGCCCUCUGAGUCUCUACGAACGCCAAGCAGGACUGGCCAAUGAUCAACCGCAAUCCGUGGCCUUGUGCUACACAAUGAAUGACAAAUUGAAGAUGCACGGUCGCUACUGGUUCUACAAAAAGCCAUCGGCGAAUGAUGUCAAGCUUGGGGAAAAGCAAGAGCUUAAGUUUGAUACAGUGGGAGAUGAGCGAAGGAUGAGGGAACAAUUUUUGAGGGCACUUGACACUUAUCAAAAAAUUAAUGGUCAAUACCCCAAACAUAUCUUCUUCUAUCGUACUGGCAGUGUAGGUUUUUAAUUUUUUUUUAAAUUUUAAAUUAAAAACUUUUUUUUUGAAAAAUUUUAAAUUUAAAAAAAUUCAUUUUCAGUCUCACGGUGACUACUGGAGCAUCCUAAGCCACGAAGUCGAACAACUGAAGGAAGUUUUGCACAAAAUCAACCCCGCCAUAACAUUCACGUUCAUUGUGGCGGCCGAUCAGAGCGGCUUCAAAAUGUACAAAUUGGCAAAUCAAAUCCGAGACUCCGACAAGGCUUAUCUGAAGAAUUUGAGUGGUGGAACGAUGAUGAGUGUGGAGUUUAUGCAUCCCAGAUUCACACAGUUUGUUCUACAGUCUCAUAAAGUCAUUCAGGUAAGAGUUUUUGGGGAAAGGGGCGUAUAACUUGGCACUCGCAGGCUGCGGAGCACUAGAUUUAACAUGUUGUUGAUUAACUCGCAAGAACUUUCUUUACAAAACAUAAAAUGGCAAGAACUUUCUUUACAAAACAAAACAUGGCAAGAACUGUCUUUACAAAACUUAAGAUGGCGAAUAUGCUAUAUUAUACUUGCCAAUUUUCAGGGUACCGGCCGUGUCGUCCGAUACACAGUACUCGCGGACACCCUCAAGCGACAUAUCAGUGCCGAACUAUUGGGCUGUGUCACGAAUAUGUUGGCCUACGGUCAUGGAAUCGUGAACAGUCCAGUCAGCAUGCCGGCCCAACUCUACUCGGCCACAUCGUUGGCCGAAAGAGCGCAGAAUCUGGUGAAGCGAGCGGAUCGUGGUCUUUACAAUGACAUGGACGAAUUGACCAGGUCACUCGAUCCUCAUCUGGCCAACAGAUAUUGGGCUUAA